AUGUCGACAUCACGCAACCCGCAGCCCGAGAAAACAUACUUUGAACAACAGCGCGAACUCGUUCUCCAAGAUGUCGCAACGAAUCUAGAACAAGUGUUGCAAAACAUGAACACGCUGAAUCGCAGCUUGGAAAGCGUUAUCGCUGUAUGUGUGCCACAACUCCCUCUGCUCGAAUACCUGGAUGCUCGACCGUUGCCCGCACGACGCCCCUAUGCUGCACGAGUCGGCAAUGAAUUCGGUCAAGUCGAGGGGUUGUGGUCGAUGUUUGAGAAUGUGAUGGCGCAGCAGCAACAGAGCAACAAUACACAAGAGGAGGAGGGACAGACACAAGGCGGUGGACAGGAGAAGGGAGAUAGACAAUGA